CGGAAACGUGAGCGAAUAGUAGAAGAUUGACCGCGUCCGCGACGCACGCCAGAAUGAUUGUUAUAACACUCCUGUUUGUUAUCCUCGCAUUGUUUUAUUAUUACAACAGAAACUCGUACAAAUAUUGGGAGAGCAAAGGGAUCAAACAUGACAAACCGGUACUGCUCUUCGGGAACAACUACAGGAACUUCACCGUAAAGAAAAGUGUCACGGAACUCGCAACCGAAACCUACUGGAGGUACCCCGAUGAGAAGGCAGUCGGAUUUUACAGAGCAGGAAGACCAGAGUUAGUGGUUAGAGACCCGGAAAUCAUAAAACGCAUUCUCAUUACUGAUUUUGUACAUUUCUACCCGCGUGGACUGAAUUUUCACAAGGACAAUGUUGUUGAACCUAUAAUGCGAAAUUUGUUCUUUGCGGACGGCGACCUUUGGCGACUACUGCGGCAACGAAUGACGCCGGCGUUUACCAGUGGUAAACUUAAAGCGAUGUUCCCUCUGAUCGUGGAGCGAGCUGAGAAAUUGCAAUCACGUGCACUGUCUGCCGCCGCUGCGGGCCAUGCGAUUGACGCGCGUGAAUUAAUGGCACGGUACACCACUGAUUUCAUUGGCGCUUGUGGAUUUGGCCUAGACGCUGACUCUCUAAAAGAUGAAGACUCCGAAUUUAGAAAGUUAGGAGCGAAAAUAUUUAAACGCAAUACUAGAGAUAUUUUAGUCACUAUAUUAAAUUUCGUCGUUCCUAGUAUCGGGAAACAUUUUAAAAUAUUUGAAAGUGUUGAACACGAUAUGCUCAGUUUAACUAGACACAUUUUAGGACAAAGAAAUUAUGAACCUUCGGGAAGAAAUGAUUUCGUUGACUUGUUACUUGAGUGUAAGAAAAAGGGAACGAUUGUUGGUGAAUCAAUUGAACGCAAGAAACCAGAUGGUAGUCCUGAAACAGCGACACUAGAGUUAGAUGAUGCGCUUAUGGCCGCUCAAAUAUUUGUAUUUUUUGCUGCUGGUUUUGAAACAUCAUCAUCUGCCACAAGUUUUACAUUACAUCAACUGGCUUAUAAUCCUGAAGUGCAGAAAAAAGUACAAGAAGACAUUGAUAGAGUUCUUAGCAAAUAUAAUAAUAAACUCAGUUACGAAGCUGUUAAAGAAAUGACAUAUUUAGAUUGGACAUUUAAAGAAGGCAUGAGAAUGUUCCCGUCUCUAGGAUUUCUAAUGCGAGAAUGCGUACGAAAAACUUUGAUACCGGAAUUAAAUAUAACAUUGGACGAAGGUGUUAGAAUAUUUAUUCCAAUUCAAGCCUUACAAAAUGACUCUAAAUACUUCGAGGAACCUGAGAAAUUCCGUCCUGAGAGAUUCAGUCCUGAAGAAAUUAGUGAUUCUAAUAAAUACAUCUACCUGCCUUUCGGUGCUGGACCACGGGCUUGUAUUGGGGAGCGACUGGGUUUAAUGCAGUCUUUGGCAGGACUAGCUGCGAUUCUAUCACGAUUCACGGUCUCACCAGCUCCGGAAACCAAGCAGUAUCCGAAGGUGAACCCUACGUCAGGCAUCGUACAAAGUAUUCAAGGCGGUUUACCACUUUAUUUCAAAGAAAGAAAAGGGACAUGAUUUCGAUUAUACUAUGCAAUGUUAAUAAUAGUGGCCGAUCGAACUUUCGGUUUCGGUUUCGGCUAAUUUCGGCCAGAAAUUAUACUUUCGGCCUUAGUUUCGGUUUCGGCCGCGCCGAAACUUUCUGUGUGUUUGUGUUGUGUGUGUGUCUAAUUGAAAGUUGUUUUUUUUUUUUAAGUUUACUUUCAAGCGUAAGUCAUAAUUUUAACAUGUGUUUACAUAUAAAUAUAUAUGACAUAUUUGUUACAUACUUUAAUUAGUGUUUAUUAUUACCCUUCAAAUAUCUGUGUGUUUGUGUAAAUAAUUGUAUAAAAAUAUACUAGAUUUCAGUAUAGAAGAAAAAUUUUAAAUAUGUUCCAAAAAGUUUCGGUUUUUGCCGAAAUUGAGACCAAGGCCGAAAGUUGGGUUUCGGUUUCGGCUGUAAAACCUGUUUCGGUUGGACACUAGUUAAUAAUAUUUUUAGAAUAAAAGAAUGCAAAUAUGUAAACAAGUAAUGGGUAAUUGUGAUCGUCAUUCAUCAGGCGUUAAUUGUCCACUGUUAUGAAUAUAGGCUUCCCCUUAUCGACUGGUUUUGCCAGUAGUUGCCAUGCUUGGCAGGCGGAUUGACAACCGCAGUUAGAUUUUGGUGAUGUUUCAAGAAUGUAAUAUUAUGUAUAAUUUAAUCCGUUUCGACAGAAAUUUAUUUAAAAUGUACCAAGUUUUGUUUAAAUUAUCAAAGAAACACUAGGCAUGAGUAGUAUAGAUACCGAUCCAAUAUCUACAUAUAUAUUAGGUUCUCUAGAUUUUUAUGGCAGAAAAAGGUUGACCCAUUUUGAUAUCGUCCAUAUCGGCCGGAUAUCUAUUUUCGAAUAUGUUAAAAGUCUUUUAUCCAAUAUUAUUUAUUGAAUAACAGACUUUUAACGUAUUCGUUAUUGGACCAAAACAUAGAUACUAUAACUAAAGUAUAUAAAAAUUGCUAUACAUAUAUUACCAACUUCUAAGAAAAUACUCUCUAAAUGAAAUAUACGAAUAAAUUAAAAUGUUUAAUCAAUUAAUUUUAUUGUUAAAAGUUUUGUAAGCACACAUUAUAUUUUAAUUUAAUAAUAAAAAAGCUUGACUAGUGCUCCGUUACAGUCACUCGCGACUAAGGAUCACGAAUUGAUUCCGAAACUAGUCGAGCUUUUUUCGAUCUAAUUACACGUAAGUUAAACCGGUUGUUAUUAAUUUAAAAUAAAUUUAUUUUAACUUUUUAAUUUUUUUUUUGAUGAGUGAAAAUGAUAUAGUAACCCCGCCCGCGCUAACGGGAUACGCUGGCGGAGCACCAGUGAAGGGUGAUAGAUGAGAAUGAAAACAGGCCAGUUAGCCCAUCAUGAUGAAUUCAACAGGAAUUAACAAUGAUAGUUUCCAGGGGGAACUGCGAGGAGGUCGACCUGGUUGGGUAUAUUGCUAGCAAUGGGAUUCUGUCUCCAUCACUAACAAUCCCUUUCCCCCUAACUUUUUAAUAUUAGAUAUUAGUAGACUGUCUUAUGGUCUGGUUAAUUAUUUAUUUGUUUAUACUUUCAUUAAAUUUAGUGUUCCGGGGAGAGUUGAUGUCAGACAGACAACCAAAAGUCAAAAUCUUGAGUAUUAUAAAUAAAAAUAUAUUCAUCAUCGUCAUAUUAGCUUUUAAAUGUCCACUGCUGAACAUAAGCCUCGCCCUAGGGGAGUUUCGCUAGUAGUUGCCAUGUUUGGCAACUGGAUUGGCGAACGCAGUUCAGCUUUAAAAAUGUUUUGAGAGGGACGCUGCUGUCUAUCCCUCGCCCUCCCUUAGUCGCCUUUUACGACACCCACGGGAAAGGAAGGACCAGAUGGAACACUUAAAAACAUAUUAGGUUAGUUUUUGUUAAGUUCUAGUAAUACACAUCAUACAUUUUUCUAAUUUCAACAUUAAAUCCAGCACACUAUUGUCCAAAAUAGGAUAUGCCUGUGUCUUAAACAUCAGUGCAUUCUUCAAGUAGUUUUUUUAAUGGAUGAUACUGGAAUAGCAACCCCGCUUGCGCUAACGGUAUACACUGGGAGGAAAGGGAUUGUUAGUAAUGAGGUCUAAUAGAACGAAUCUUAGGUCGACCUCCACGCGGUUUACCCUGGAAACCAUCAUGGUUAACUAAUUCUUGUUGAAUUUAUCAUGGUAAGCUAACUGAUCUGCAUUCAUUCUCACCUUUCAUCUUCCAUUGGUGCCUCGUCGGUGUAUAUCGAUAGCGCAGGAAGGGUUACCAUUCCAUUUUCAUCCAUUAAAAAAAACGGUAUACACUGGCGGGGCACUAGUGAGAGAUGAUAGGUGAGGAUGAAAGCAGGUCAACUGGCCCAUAGUGAUAAACUCAUAAAAAAAACAAUCAAGCUGGUUUCCAGGGGGAACCGCGUGGAGGUCAACCUGGUAAGGUAUAUUGUUAGCAAUGGGGCCUCUUGUCCCAUUACUAACAAUCCUUUAGCUCCUAUUUAAGUGGUUAGUGCAGUUAGAGUCUUAUCAUUUUAAUAUUUAACCAGUAAACAUGGUAAUAUGAUUUUAUUUUCCGAUUAUGAACUGUAUCAUAGUCUUACUAGAAUUCAGUUAUUUAUCUUUGAAAUACCAGUAUUAAUCUAUGAAUUAUGACUUUAAUUAACAAUGUAUAUAUAAAUAAUGAAUUAUUACAGAGAUUAUUGUAUGUAUGUAGAUAAAGAUUAGCAAAAAGUGCUGAUUGAUUUGUAAUUCAUAUCUCUUGUAAAACACUUUUAUAUUAUAUUUUAUAUAUGUAUUAUUAAAAAAAGUGACGCUAUUC